GUGAGGGUGAGUGUGGCGGUUCCAAGCACUCCAUCCCGAUUUCCAGCACUGGCACCCAUGAAAUUCUCGGAUCACCUGCAGACGUGCAUGACCCCAGAAUGGAGGAAACAAUAUAUUACCUAUUGGACCUUGAAGUCCAUGCUAUAUGCAGGAAUGAGGAAGAGAUUCACAGAUGAAGAUCCUCAUAAUUGCGAAAGGCAUUUGAGAUCUGUGCAGGAGGUCUUCUUCCAGACGUGUAGCAAGGAACUGGUCAAGGUGAACCGCUUCUACUCAGAGAAGUUCUCAGAAGCCCAGGGGAGACUGACCAUGCUGAGAUUGGCUGUAGGAGACUAUCAGGAGAAGGAAAAAGCAGAGCAACAAGCCCCUGUGUGGAAGCUGAGAAGGUUCCUCAAAGCCUUAAAGGCAGAUGAUGAACAGCAGACCAAGAGGGGCCUUAGUUUAGCUGUGAGGGAGUUUUACUACAGUUUGAUGCUCUUGCAGAACUAUCAGGUAUGAAGGAGUUUUGCAAAGCACACGGGGAUUCAAGAUUCUGUAUUGACCGUGUUCAGCUGGUGCAGUGGAAUGCUUACUCGCUCAGCCAGACUCAGUUAAGUUAGGAGACUAAACAACACAGUUCUAAACCAUACAGGCACAGCAAAACAAUACAGAGCAUUGGAAAACAACAUAAAAGAAUAUAGAUGCUGAAUUACAAUACAGAAGAG